UGGUAUCUUGACAACUGACUUUCCGAAUAGCACCGCAUACGAACUCUCGCGGUGAAGCACUUUGAGAUCGGUCGAAAACCUCGGGAACAGGAUCAGAUUAUCAAAGAGCGAUUCUUAGCGGAUGUACGGGCGUCUAUCAAUGAUAGGAGCGGUACUCAUGAUUGAUCACUCAGGUUCAAAAAGCCUUCCCGAUUUUUGGAGAUGACGAGUGCGCAAAUGCACAUCUACUCAGAUAUGUCGAUAGAUAUCUUGGUGCCAAAGCGGUGCCGAGUUCACGCUUCUAUCACAUGGUGCACGGUAACGACAUUGCAGAUCAUGAUGGAGAUUGGUUACUAGGGGACAGUGACAAGUCUGACAACGUCGAAGAACACCGUGAUACGCCAGCGAAUUCUGAGCCACCGGCGGGUCUUACAACUCUCCACAACAGAUCCCAGGUAAGAAGGUUUUAUCAUCUCCGACAGCUUCCGCAUUUCAUAAUAAUACAGGCGAUCUCUGAGUUGGACGAGACAAAUGAAGAAGCUUCUCGUAUGGUUAUCUCUGAUGGUCUCCAAGGUAGUAUGGUGCAAAAGGUGAUUGACAUCCGUUACAUUGAAAAGCGUACUGCAACUCACUCGAGUUUGGUCAAGUCACCCAUCUCAGAUUCCCCGCCGAGUCCUACUCUAACGGAUGCUUCUCGAACUAUGAAUCAUUCACCAUCUCCAGAUACGCUGGCGGCCAUGUCAAUAGACUAUGAUACCACCUCGCGCAAGCACAGCGAUCAGCCAAGGCGUGCGUCAUCUGCGAGUACUACAGUAUCGGCGAAUGACUCCCACCACACAACACCUAUCAGGAACUUCCUCAGUCGUGCAGCGCUUGGCCAUUUACUGGAGGAACUUAUGACAUUGGGCAUCAAGAAUCAGUCGCGUCUUCUUCUUGCAGCAACAUGGUCAGAGGAGGACGUCAAUAUCCUUUUGCGCGAUUCUGUGCGAGAAAAGAGGAUCGACAAAUUUGAGGCGCAGCAACUUGUUAUUGCCUUGCGUUCUCUCCAUCAGCAAUCUAUGCGAGUUAGUAACUGACUUUGAUGCCUCAACAUACAUUUCGAGCCAGUCACAUCACUUCUGCGCAUGUACAUGUACUGUAAGUCUUCUUUAGCGAUUAAGAGUUUACUAUGUCAAAGAUACAGUACCGUACUGUAUCUUUCGUGAGUAGCUUACAAAG